ACCACAUCUCACCACACUCAGUUCCUGACCGACUCAAGGAGAAGUGACUCGUCGUGCCAUGGCUGCUGCGAAGUUUCUGGUGUCUCUGCUGGUUGUGCUCGUGGCCGCAGAGUGCGCCGUUCACGCCCAGGAGAGGAUAAAGAUGUGCGGGCGGGAGCUGAUCCGUCUGGCCGUCUCCACCUGUGGUAACUCGCGUCUGAGGAGAAGCCUCCUGGACUCAGAGCCGGGCCAGCAUCAGACCACCACUCCUCCCUGGGACCAUGAUGCGGCCGCAGAGGAGCUCUGGGCUGCAGAGGCCGUCCACAUCCCCCCAGAGUCUGACGAGAAGAGAGACGUCCUCUCCCUGGCCCCUCACUGGUACCCCCUGUCCUCUCGGAUCAGACGAACUGCUGGGAGAAUGUCCGAGAUUUGCUGCGAGAAAGGAUGCAGCCUGAAAGACCUGAUACAGUUCUGCUAGAUUUGGAUUCUGACUGUCACACAAAAGAAUUCCUGAAGUGUUGUGGAAACCUUUGUUUCAAGAGUUUCCUCCGAUAGAAAGACUCCUGCUAUUUCUCUAGUGAUGUAGUUUUCUUACACUGCACAUCAGUAAUUAUAGAUACUUGAUCAUAUUUAAUAAUUUAUUUUCAUGUCAGGGCAAAAGAUAAAAUUGCAAUGUACACAGGUUUUAUGACAAGACU